CUUAGCGGCAGUUGGGUAGGAAGUUGGAAGGCUCUAGUGAGCUCGUGCCCACCCGUGCCAUCAUCUACCUCCCAUCAAUCUGGAGCCUCAGCGACACGUCUCCCCAGGCAGCUGCGCCCACCUGGCUCCAGAGGCCACCCUGAUGGCGGAGCCUCGCUUCAACAACCCCUACUUCUGGCCGCCCCCCCCCACCAUGCCCAGCCAGCUGGACAACCUGGUCCUGAUCAACAAAAUCAAGGAGCAGUUGAUGGCGGAGAAGAUCCGCCCCCCGCACCUGCCUCCCACCUCGGUGGCCUCGCAGCAGCCCCUUCUGGUGCCCCCCUCGCCUGCUGAGAGCAGCCAGUCCAUCAUGUCCCUGCCAAAGCUGCAGCAGGUGCCAGGGCUGCACCCCCAGGCCGUGCCCCAGCCUGACGUGGCCCUGCACGCCCGGCCGGCCACCAGCACCGUCACAGGGUUGGGGCUGGCAUCCCGUGCACCGGCCGUCAGCACCUCGGAAUCCAGCCCAGGAACAGGGACCACCACCCCCUCGACCCCCACCUCCACCAGUCAGAGCCGCCUCAUCGCUUCCUCGCCCACCCUAAUCUCAGGAAUCACCAGCCCCCCCCUCCUCGACUCCAUCAAGACAAUCCAGGGCCACGGCUUGCUGGGAGCGCCCAAGGCUGAGCGGGGCCGGAAGAAGAUCAAGGCGGAAAACCCUUCGGGACCGCCGGUGCUGGUGGUGCCCUACCCCAUCCUGGCCUCAGGGGAGACGGCCAAAGAGGGGAAGACGUACAGGUGUAAGGUCUGCCCCUUGACGUUCUUCACCAAGUCGGAGAUGCAGAUCCACUCCAAGUCGCACACAGAGGCCAAGCCCCACAAGUGCCCCCACUGCUCCAAGUCCUUCGCCAAUGCCUCCUACCUGGCCCAGCACCUGCGCAUCCACCUGGGCGUCAAACCCUACCACUGCUCCUACUGUGAGAAGUCCUUCCGCCAGCUCUCCCACCUCCAGCAGCACACCCGAAUCCACACCGGCGACAGACCCUACAAGUGCCCGCACCCCGGCUGCGAGAAGGCCUUCACCCAGCUCUCCAACCUCCAGGUCAGUGUGGGGGGACCCGGGGCAGGGGGCACGGGGUCACCAUGGUCCCCCCUGACUCCCUCUGUCCCCUCAGUCCCACCAGCGCCAGCACAACAAGGACAAGCCCUACAAGUGCCCCAACUGCUACCGGGCGUACACGGACUCGGCCUCGCUGCAGAUCCACCUGUCUGCACACGCCAUCAAGCACGCCAAGGCCUAUUGCUGCAGCAUGUGCGGCCGUGCCUACACCUCGGUGAGCAUGGGGGAUGCCCCAAAACCUGCCCGCAGCCCCCAGCCCCCCGCUCACCCCUGUGCCCCCCACAGGAGACCUAUCUGAUGAAGCACAUGUCCAAACACACGGUGGUGGAGCACCUGGUCAGCCAGCACUCGCCGCAGCGGACGGAGUCACCCGGCAUUCCCGUACGGAUCUCCCUCAUCUAAGCAGGGAGGGGACAGGACCCCCCCAGCAUGAGGAGGAGGAAGAGGAGAAGGAGGAAAAGGAGGAGGAGGAGGAGGAGGAAGAGGAGGAGGACGAGACCCCCAGCGCCGCGGGCCACGCCCGGGCUGUGCUCCUGCCCGGCUCCCGCAGGUUUGGUGACAUCCAAAGACGGUUUCAGAGCACUUUGAAUCUCUGCGGUUUGGUUUCUUCGGGGGGGCAGUGGGGUUGGGGGUGUCCCCCCUGCCAGGCCCCGCCCCCCAUUUUUGGAUACAAAUAUAUAUAUAUAUAUUUAUUGGCCAAGAACUUGGUGCUGCUAAAGACCAGAAAUUCACCCCAAAAACGAACCGUGGAUGGAGCAAAAAGCAGCUGGGGGGGGGCAAAGUCCCACCACCCCCCCCACACAGACUCUGGGCCCAAGCGCCUCCAUUUGGGGUUGAUUUUUAACCAUUUUGGGGGUUUUUUGUGUUCUUUUGGGGUCCCUUUCGAGGGCGAAGCUGCGGGCAGAGCUGCGUCCCCCCGGUGAUGGCCCCCCCAUUCCGCAGCCCCAGUUUUGGGGGGUUCGGGGGUCCCCCUGCUUUGCCUUGUGCCUGCCUGUACAUACCCCCUGUAUAGAGCCGGGGGGCACUCCCCCCAAACUCAUCUAUAUUCUGUACUUUUUGGUUCAUUUUGGAUAUUAACUGUGUUAUUUUUUAUACACUUUUUAAGCCUUAACUCAGCGUUUCUUUGGGGUUUUUUGUUGUUUUUUUUUCAGGGUGUUUUAUUUACCUUUUAUUAAUUUUUAACCCCUCUGUUAUUUUUUACCCUCCCUAUUAUUUUUACCCCCUGUCCCCUUAUUUUUUACCCCCCCAUUAUUUCUCCCCUCAAUGUUGUACGAUAUCAAUAUUGUAACCUUUUUUGUCAGCAUGUUAAUACUGUGUAAAUAUGCCUCUUAUACA